AUAGAAUGCCACGCAAAUUCUUCAAAUUCAGUUUUCCAUAGAAACUCCCCCAAAAAACAAGAAACAAUCGAAAACAUUUUCGUUUUGUCUAAAAAUUAAAAUUAUAAAACACGAAGCCACGAAGUUUUUCUAGCUCGUUAACUCCAGUUUUGUUUGUUUUUCUAAUUAUUUAAACACUUUAUUUUAUUUAAAAUCCGAAAAUGAGUAAUAAGUCGACAGAAGUUAUUCGUAAACCUUUGGGAGCUUGUAAUAAAAAACCUUUGGUCAUUAAAGCGAGUAAAUAUAGAAAAAUGGUUUCUGUAAUAACUGGUCAUGAUUUGGACAAGAAAGCCGCUGAAGAAGAACAAAUUCAUAAGAAUUAUCUAAAGAAAGGUUCAGAUGAAUUGGUUGCCAAGUGGGGUAGAAGUUUCAAACAAACCCAGGAACAAAAACACAUUGACAUGGAAGCCAAGUUCGCUGAAAAGAACCAAAAAGAAAAGGAAGAGUUUCAAAAAGUAAAAGAAAAAGAUGACAAUAUUCGACGUGAGAAGAUAGCCCGAGCUGAAGAACUUGUCCAAAAGCUCAAACCAGGACCUAAGGAGCUAAAAAGUGCAGCAAUGCAAAGUGAAACACUCAAAGCCCGCGCUUUUCAACGAAAUAUAAAUAAAGAGUUUGAAGAAACUCUUAAAAAACAAAACGUCGAAAAGGCUCUUCAAAUGGAACGCCAGGCAAUGCCUUGGAUCGAAGAGGAACAAAAACGUAUUUCAAAUAGUAUCCAACGAAACAAUCAAAACAAAGCUGAAUUAUUGAAUACAAUAAAUGAGAAGGCUCGUCAAAAGACCGAGAAUAUGGCCAAGACAGUGGCAGCUGAGAAGGAAGCCAAUAAUCUGUGUGACAAGGAGAUCAAAGCCCAAAUCAAUAGGGAACAAGAACUGUUGAAGAGAAAGCGUGAAGCUUUGCGGAAGAACGCUCUGGAAGCGAUGAUUAUGGUCGAACAGCGGAGGGCUCGUGAACAAUAUCAGGAUAAACUUCAGGGACAACUGAUUUCCAUCUACAACGAAGGAAAGAAGAAGAUGGAAGAUAUCAAAAAAGACCACGAGGCGCAGGCUCGCCAGGAUCAAGCUCAACGCAAUGCAUUAAACGCUCAAAAACUUUUAGCUGUUCUACCCGACACGAUCAAGGAAGAGGAAAAUCGUCUUCGCAAAGAUAUCAGCACAAUUCAAUUGCAAUUCAGUGCACAAGAGAAGGAAAAAAUCCAACGUAGCCGUCAGCAGAAAUACGCUCGCAUUCAAGAGUAUUUCAAAGAAUUCAAUGCCAAAAAAGAGCUAGAGCAACGCAAAAUCGAAGAGAAUCGCUUUGCUUUGGCCAAUCGCCUAAAGAACGACGAAGUCAAUGUCGCUUUUGCCGAAAAACAAAUGCAAGAAAAAAUCAAAAAUGCCCAGGCGAUGCGGAAGUCUCUUAGAGAGCAAAUCGAGGAACGCAAACUGACUGAAGCCGAAGAAAAGGAAUAUGACAAGAAAUUGUCUACAGUUAAUUUUGAAAAAGAUGAUAAUUUCUUCUUUGACUAUGCCAAGAAAUUAGUUGCUGAUGCAGUAAAGAAGGAUAGACCUUUGUAUCCGUUUGUUAAAGCUGUCAAUCAGUAUAAGAAGGAUAAUCUAAUCGAUUCUGAUCGAAAGUUGCCACCCCACUUGGAAUCACAUUUGUGUAUCGGCGUGAAAACUUCCGAGGACGAGAUGAUGGCAGCAAGUUCGUCAAGUAAAGUUGCUGUAGCAAAUAUUCGAAAGUAUGGGCUGGAUGAGUUGAAGGCAUUAAAUUCGCCUUCUGGUUGCAAGAACAAGUAAACUGCAAAUAGUUUUGUUUUAUUUAUUAAUUUGAAGUAUUUUUUUGUAUUUUAUUUUGGAAUUGCAAUGAAUUUCAAUAAAAUCACCAUGAAUUUGAUAUCCAAAUACAAAUUUUGGAACUCCUAUA